AUGACCAUGAUGUUCCGCGAGUCCGACAUCUUCUGGGUUGAAUGGAAUGGGCCUGAUGAUCCUCAGAACCCCUCUAUCUUGACCGGCCUGCCCGCUGGAGCGUAUGGAGCGGCAUCCAAACAGAUGAUGGAUGAAUGGCACAUUAACGACGAUAAAUUCCCGUUCCUUUCUUUCGCCUUGGUCUCGUGGAAUAUGGGUGCUGCCUUCUUCCCACUGGUAUUUGUGCCUCUUACGGAAAGCACAGGUCGACUGCCCGGUUAUUGGGCAUUCUACAUCAUGUUCACCCUCUGGUUGUUUGGCUCUGCCUACGCCCCGAAUUUUGCUACCAUACUGAUAACUCGAUUCUUUGGCGGUGGAGCAUCUUCCGUGGCCAUUACUCUUGUCGCCGGUACCAUCACCGAUAUCUGGAAGGGCGAUAUCGAACGGAGCUUGCCAAUUUCCAUUUUCGGUAUCACAAGCGUGGUGGGCAUUGCCUUGGGCCCAUUUGUGGGCGGAAUCAUCCAGAAAUACCUGUGGUGGCGCUGGAUCUACUGGAUCCAAAUCAUCAUCUGCACCGGCUUCAUCCCCCUCUUCGCAUAUAUUCUGCGCGAGACACGCGGUGACGUGAUUCUACAAAACAAAGCGAAGAAGUUGCGGAAAGAGGGAAAUCUGAGCAACGAUGACAACGACCCCAAGAAGUAUGCCUAUGCAAAAUCUGAGCUGGAGAAACCGAGUAUCGUGCAAGCGCUCAAACUCUCCUUUAUGCGUCCGACCAAAAUGCUGAUCAGUGAGUUCGUCGUCAUAUCUUUCACCAUCUGGGUCAGCUUCGCUUGGGGUCUCCUGUUCCUUUUCCAAAGCAGUGUUGGCAUCGUCUUUAGCGAGCUCUACAACUUUGACACCUUCCAAGUCACACUCAUCCAGCUCGCGGUCAGCGUAGGAGCCAUCAUCGGCGGUGCCAUCAAUCCCCUCCAGGAUAGGCUGUACUUCAAGUCAGCAAGACGCAAUGCGGAACGGCCAGGAAAGUGCAUUCCGGAAGCACGUCUCUACUUCGCAGUUCCGGGUUCGAUUCUGUUCGCAGCCAGCAUGUUCUGGUUCGGCUGGUCCGCGUACUCUGGUCACGCUACCCACUGGAUCGUCCCGACGAUAAGUCUCGUCACUUUCGGCAUUGGUGUCUACCAUAUCUACCUAGCUGUCACCAAUUACCUUGCGGACGCAUAUGAGAAGUAUGCCGCUUCGGCUCUGUCCGCUGCGGGCUUCGGACGUAACAUCACUGGAGCGUUCCUGCCUUUGGCGACACCUGCUUUGUACAACAACCUAGGCUUCAACUGGGCGUCGACGAUGCUGGGUAUUCUUGCUUUGGUGCUUACCGCGGCGCCUAUUGCGCUUCUGAUCAAAGGUCCGGUCAUUAGAGCUAACAGUCCUUUCAUGCUCGACGGCGAGGAAGUCGUGAAUAGGCGAAAGAGCACUAUUCCUAAGUGAUUUCUUCGACACAACGAGCCAUAACCGGCAUGACAUUGCAGAACAGGAAAGGCCUCCUGAAAGCCAUAUAUAAACAGAGCUAAUCGCUCGCUAAUAGAUAUAUAUGUACAUGGACUCAUGCGUUGGAAGUGGCUGAUUGCCCUUGGAACGAGGGAAAGCAUGACAUGAUGAGAUAUGUAUAUAAUAGCAUAAUGACGAAUGAGACUUGGUCCUC